GAAUGGGGAAAUUGCACGUAGAUCGUCAACACCAGCCGCAGUGCUGGGUUCAGCAGACGACAUUCAACACCAGCAUUCAACACGAACUGCCGGAAAUAAGUCAUAUUUUCCGAGGUCAAUCCCAACACCAUCCUGAUUUCAAGUACGGUGUUGUGGCUAGUGUUGGUGUUGUCACAACACCAACACCAGAUUUCAACACCGUACUUGAAAUCACCCAAUGACGCAAUUAUCCUGCAGGAAAAAAAUCUUUGCACAAGUCGGCGUUUAGUUUCUUCAUUUUUUCACUCUUCUGUCCAUUAGAGAAUCACACUAUUAUAAUCAUGUCACUGGUCCAGACAAGAGAAAAGCGUGCCAAUGCUGGCAGCAAGAUGCACAGACUCCUUGCUGAAGAACAAGAGGAUGAAUUCUAUAAAACAACAUAUGGAGGUUUCCAGGAGGAAUCUGGUGAUGAGGAAUAUUCUAGUGAGGAGAGUGAAGCGGAUUCAUCAUCUGAUAGUGAUAUUGAUGCCCCAGAGGAUGAUGAACCAAUCAGUGAUAGUGAUGAUGAUGGACCAAAGAGAAAACGAAGAGUGAUUACUAAAUCCUACAAGGAGCCUGCCAAGAAGCCUGUCAUGAAAAAAUCUCCCACAAGUCACACCCCAAGGGAAAAGAAAGCGAAAAUUACCACACCGAGCAGUAAGAAGAAGAAACAUUACUCCAAGGAAGAUUCCAGUUCAGUUCGCAAGUCAAGCCGACGGUCAACCAUCCAACGGGUGAAUGAGUUUGAGAUUCGGAUCAAAGAGCGUGAGACCAAAGCACAGAUCAUCAAACAACAGAAGACAAAGAAGAACGUUCCAGAGAUGAGACGACUCACUCAAGAGGAGCUCCUUGCCGAGGCUAAGAUCACAGAGAAGAAAAAUCUUCACUCUUUAUACCUUUUCCAACAGCUAGAAGAACAGAAGAAAAAGACGAAAGUGUUCAAGAAAGGAUUCACAGGUCCAUUUAUUCGCUUUCAUUCCACAACAAUGCCGGUUGAACCAAAGAUCCAGGAAAUAGAUGUUAAUGUUGACAAGUUGGAGCAAACGCAAACAGGGUUGACACAUCCAGCAACAAGGGGAAAGACAAAAUCAGGGGAAAAGUGCUGUAGGAACUUCAUAACAUACAGUGAACCGCACCUGUUCAAGGAGAGUUUUCCUCGUGGUCGAAAGAGGGCUCCCCCUAAACAGCUGUGCCCUAUCACAAGGUAUCCUGCCAGAUAUGUAGAUCCAGUUACAGGUAUCGCCUUUGCCACCAAGCAGGCAUUCAAGAUUAUACGAGAGACUUACGCUACCGAGAUAGAGGCUGCCAUGUCUGGAGAGGUCAAACCCAGGAAAUCAAAAGGUUCGUCCAGUUUGAAAGAAGGAUCAUGAAAAGACAUGAAGGUUUCGUAAUCACAGAAACUGAUGCGAGACUACAUAAAAUUAUUGAUAAUAUGCAACUUUUAUAUAGCGCUUAUUCCAAUGUUUCUAAGUGCUUACCCUGGCUACUCUAUUCAGUUGGUCAAGCAUUCAAGGAAUUUCUUCCUACCUGGUACCAAGUGGCAUAUGUAGAACACAACACUUUGCCAAAGGACACGAGUGCUACGGUGGGUUUUGAACCCUUUUGAAACCUUGUGGUUCAAAGUUCAGAGAUGUAUCCACUCAGCCACAACACCUCUACCUGUAUAUUGAGGAAUUUGUCAUCAUUCAGGCAUUUUCAUACUAUCUGCCUUGGUUGGAAUUUAAAGUGCCAUGUUCUAUUUGUAUAGUCCAUUUUGCACAGGUCAACCUUCCAGAAGUCAAAUAUAUUGCAGAAAUUGCAGUAGUUUUCAGACCAGAUUAUUCUAAAUGGCUGUUAUUUGCCCCGAAAGCCAAUUUCUCAAAAGUCUAACAGAUUUCUAUGUUCCCAAGAUAUUUGAUCUGUAUGCAAGAUCUGAUGUGAGGCAAGCAGAAAGUGCCAAUAGACUUCAGAGAAGUUACUUGAUGCCAAGUUAGAUUAUCCAAUAUAGAGGCUUCAAAAUCAUCCCUACCCUCAACAAGAGGGGGCAUGUUCAUGAAGUGAGAUGUCGGUGAUUUUUACUGGAAAGUAUUCCAAGCUACUGAAACCUUACAUCUGAUUAGCUGAGAGAAAAAAACUGACAUGACACUUCAUGAAAUGUUAUCCAUGUGAUAACAUGAUUUUGUUUCUUAUUGUACCAAGUGUUGGCUGCUUCCUACAUAGAUUAGAGUGACAAUAAAUUAAUGCAUUAGUGCCAAUGGGCAUAUGAUAUCCAACACGAUGAAUUGACUACACUGUUGACCAUAUUAUGGGAACUUGACUUGACCGGUGCAGGUAUAAGUUAUACUUGGCAUUCAACUAGGAAUGAAGUGCAACUCUAAUUCAAACUUGACUCUUUGUGAAACAGACCCCAAAUUUUCACUUUAAACCUUUCUCCAUCCCACAAUGUGUUACAACUAAAAAAUGUUGUACACAAAUGAUGAAUACUUUCUCACAUGAGAAUUAUGGUUUGUAAUUUAUUUAUGACUUUUUUUUAAUUUGAAAUUGCAUUAUUUCCAUUAAAUGAAUGUUUAUAAAAAUGA